ACUUCGACGUACAGCUGUGGAAAGCCUCGAAAGGGAUUCUCCAGAAUGAUAAGGUGCAAAAUUUGAUUGAGGAAAACGAUGACGAAUUAAUCGUCGUGCGCUUGUGUGUGAUAAGGAACUCGAUAUAGUGUCGUGCAAUUUGUGACUGAGGCACGACAGCGAGAAGAUGAAUCAGGUUCGCGUUCGGUACUGUUUUUAAAAUGCAGCAUAUAGAGCAGAUAGAUAUUCGAUAAAACGUUAAAUGACAUCAUGUGCUUCUGAUGAUUUUAGAGAAUUCGCAAUUUCACCACAAUUAAAACAAAAGAAUAUAUCGAUUCGAAAUUCGAAUGAAAUAAAGUGAUUUUGGUAUUUUCAAAAAAGUGUUAGUGCAGUGUAAACAAAUGGGCGUGUAUGUGCAUGCGUAUACAGCGUGUGUCGUAUGAGUGCAUCUGUGCGCAUGUGAAGAAGCCCAAGGUCAAAAAACGCACGACAUUCUAGAAGCCCGCACCAGUGUUUUCAGUGUACCAGUUUUAUAGUCUAUUUAGAGACUUAUCCAAAGUUGUUAGGAAUUAUUUAUAAAUAAUAAUCAUUGAUUUCAAGACAAAAUUUAUAUUUAUCUAUAGCAAAUAUCUUUUACUUAAAGCAUUCGACAUUUUCUUGACUUAUACGCGAGAUUGGCGCUUUAACAUACGAGACAAACAAAGAUAUUGUGAAUCUUUGAACAAGAGAUUUUCAUCAAAAUUUUUCCUCGAGUAUUGAAAAAAGUAGGUGCUCGUGUUACUUUUUCGUAUUUGCUAAUCUGAUUACACCACCAGCGAAGCCUAUACAUUAUAUUGUAUAGUACCUACUUCCCCAAACGCUUAUCUACCGAGAACAAUACGUACGAUAAGGGGAUUCACACAAAACAUAUGUUUCUUUUUUUUCAUACUUGGAAGAGGAUAAAAUCACAUAUUUGCAAAUUACUAUUUAGCAUUUCGUUUAUUCGUGUCAAUCGUAUUAUUUAAAAAUAAGUUUAAACAUAUGAAUAGUCAAAUUUUGAGGUUUAUACUAUAAAUGCAUCGCAAUAAAAUCGAAUAAACAGAAAGAUAAUAGAAAAAUACUCGGCAUUAUUAUUACGAGUACCGUAAACUUCGUUGCUUAAAUAAUCAUUUACACUUCGUGUACGACCUAAAGCUUCUUAUUUUUUAUUAUUGGUCUUCAUACUUAGAAUCUCAGUUCUCUUCAAUUUACUCCUUUUCAAAAUAUUGGAUUUUGCUAUCUAAUGGUAUAAUUAUUAUUAUUAUAAUUAUACGUUUGACAGUUUUAAUUGAACAACGUUUCGCACUGUAACUGCCGUAAUACAUGUAUAGUUAUAUAUACCCGGAAAAAUGUAGGUGGUCGAGUCAAGGUGGAGCACAACAGCCGAGCAGCGGUAUAGAAGCGCUCGGUAUAAGUAUAAAAGCUUCUGAGUUCGAUCAGAUCGAUAUCACUUGACGCUUAAUCUCGUGCAGUCAACGGAUGCGCGGCUGCCGUGAGAAUCGGUGUAAUAACAACAGACGAGUGAUCGAGACUUGAGGUAAUUAAAGCGAGCGCGCGUUAUCGGGCAACGAACGAUUUUUUUUCCGCGCAUCGAUUUGCACGGCAUUUUCCUCUCGGUGAAAUUCGAACGCGUGAUUUAUUGCUGCAGGUUUAUUCCCGCGAUGUGUCAGAAAACGGGUAGGAUGCUAGCGUACGCCUUUUUAAUAUUGAUGGUGACUUGGAUCUCCGAGUCCCAUGCCAACAAGUUUGACUUUCCCGCUCACCUCGUCGGUACGAACUCUUCUGUCACGGAUGGCUUGGAGUCUUUCAUCGAACAAUACAACCCAGUCGAUCUUGGAGUAGACAUGCUGGACGAAGAGGCUCCGAUGCACAUAAAAGAAGCUCUGGUCAACGCGACGCUAUCCCACGAUCCUAUUAUCAAUCAGAUGAUACCCUAUAAGCCUCUGCCGAGAUUCGCGAGAGCCUUAGCCAAGUUCUACUCGCCACUGCUUGGUCGCGAGGUGAUAGCAGAGGAAGAGAUGAUCGCGACGGUAGGUGCGACCGGUGGAGUCUUCGACGCGAUCCAAGGUCACACGUCGCCCGGAGACGAAUGGAUCAUCAUCCAGCCAGCCUACACCAUGUACGUGCCCAUGAUUAAAAUGGCUCACGGUGUGUCCAGGUACACCAACCUCAUAUUGAGGAAAAAGAGCGGCAAGAUCUCGAGUCAGGAUUGGGUACUCGAUCGAGAGCAAAUGGAGAGUCUGUUCAACAACAAGACGAAGGGAAUCAUAUUGAAUAACCCUUUGAACCCUUUGGGUAAAGUCUACACGCUCGAAGAGCUUAUGUUCAUUGCAGGACUCGCCAAAAAGUACGACACCCUCGUCGUGUCCGACGAGGCACACGAGUUCAUCACUCACAAGCCGCACAUUAGAAUUGCGUCUUUACCUGGAAUGUGGGAGCGAACCAUUGGUAUCGGAUCCUCGAGCAAAUCCUUCAACGUAGCUGGUUUCAGAGUCGGUUGGGCCUACGGUUCGGCCAACAUCCUCAAUAAUCUCAAGGCUGUUCACGCGAGAGCUGCCGACUGUGCUCCGUUCCCGCAACAGCAAGCAUUAGCCGUUGCUUUCGAGCAAGAAUUACGUGACAUCGGCAACCCCAACUCGUUCUUCGAAAAUCACCGUCGCGACAUUCUCAUCAAGCGUAACAUGAUGGUUGAGGCUUUCGAGAAGGCUGGCAUGAGACCGAUCGUACCCGACGGCAGUUUCUGUCUCAUCGCUGAUUGGACCACGCUGAAAAGUAAACCGCUGUGGAAGACAAAAGACGCAGGGUUGGAUUUCGUCAAGUGGCUCGUCAAGAACGUUGGGGUAUUCGGCCUGCCUGUGUCGUCUUUCUAUUCUGAGGGACACGAGUAUCUCGGGGAGAACUUUGUAAGAUACUGCUACCAAAAGAGUUACAAAACGAUCAAUACUGCUGUGGAGAAGUUACGGAAAUUGCAAAAGUACCGGUAAAUCUUAGGAUUCAAUUAAAUAUAGAAAAAUAUUGAAUGACUCGUUUCUAUGCUGAUGUUGAUUUUACAAUCGAGUACCUUUACGUUAACCUACCUUUGUAGUUAAGGAGUCAUUCGGUUGUAUAUACGUAUUUAUUAAUUCAUGUUGAAUAUAUAUAUGUAAUGUAUAAAAUGUACCGAGGAAGAAAAAAUAUAUAAUAGAUUAAUUGUAAAUAAAUAUAAUAAAAAUAAAUACAAGAUAAAGUAAAAAAA